AUGGGAUGUUUCGCCUGUGGCAAAAGGGAUGCCACCUACAUUGAAGAAUUCCCGCCGACUACGGAAAGCCCAAAGAGAUUUUGCACGGGAUGUGCGGAUAGAGACCGUUGCGUGCCCACGAGACGGUGCAAGUUCAUUGACCAAGAGGGAGUCCAGUGUAGAGGUUGGUACACAAGCGGCGGAUACUGCAAAAAGCAUGGAGGAACUACAAGAGGGGAUUGUCCCGAUUGUGGCAAGAGAGGCUCGUUCACCAAGCAUGCCUUUUCCCUAGACGGUUUGGACCCAGCGGUCAAGCUUUGCGGAGACGACAGCCGUAACAUUCCGGGAAUGGCCAGCGAUGAGCCCUUUGUUGUGGUUGAUGCACCCGAAGUUCAAAGCUCUUGGAAACGAUACCUGACGGUUCAGUGUUUGUGCAACCAGCAGAUGAAUGAAGAGGUCUGGAAAAAGCUUCAAAACACGUUCAUGGCACACUAUCUGCCCAGGUACACGGAAUGUGUCGUCAAGAAUGGGGAGCUCUUGUUUGCGGAUCAGGUCAAGACGGAAGAUCAAGUUGAGAAACGCCUGCAGGAGAUCUUUGACAUGAACAAGAAGAGUUUUGAACUGCGUGAAAAUCGAAUGCUGGCCGUUCUUUACUGGUGUCCAAACAAGGAGGAUGCGACAAAACCCGUGCUGGCUGGUUUCUGGUUUCUCCGAGCAUACCCAGAUGACCUCGAGGGUUUCCUUCUGGUUCUGGACAGUACGGUCGACGAAAGGAGCUUGGAAGCUGUCCUUCAGCGAAGCAGUGUCUUUCGGUUUGCAGAGACACCCACCAAAGAGGAAAAGUUGGCUGGCCGGACUCGAGGCCAUGCGUAG